AUUUAAAACACUCCCAAAAUUAGCAUUUCAUCAGAUCCCCACUCUCAACGGUGAUCAACAAUUCAUCCCUAGUGAACGUUCGAUAACCUUACUUUACUGGACAUUUGUCCUAGCGACGAGUAUCCUCACAUUAAUAUUAUCGGUAUUAAGAGCAACUCAAUCAAUCUCAAUCCUUUGUUUCAUAAAAUAUGGACGACUAUUGGUGAAAUUACUUGAAGGAAGUGUACGAUUAUCAGGAGUCAGUGAUCUUGUUUCUCCGGUGAACAUUACCAGCUUUGAGAAAUAUAAAGUUUAUGUGACAAAG